AUGAAAUUUUCGGUGCGUGUUCGAGGGGAGUGGUUGCAGAUUGCUGACAAGUCAGGAACGGCUACUGUGCGAUGGCUAGGCGAAGAAGCGUUGCGGAAAUACGAGAAGCUGGAGCCGGCCACGUACCCGAAAGACCCCUCGGAAAACGGACCAAAAGCAAACAAGUAUUCUCGGGCGAUUUCCGAGAUUCGCAAGACGAAGGGCGGUGCCAUCUUGGAUCCGGAAGACACACUGGCUGACGUCCUGGAUGAUAACGACUUCGUCUCCGUGGGUGAGUAUCGACCGAUGUUGAGGUUCGUUACGACUCUUGAAGUCUUGAUUGCGUGUCUUAUUCCCACUCCACGGAAUCAAGUGCUGGAGAGUGAUAAGCCGAACCCGCAGACCGACGUGGCGGAGAUCAAAUAUAUACCGGAACAAUUCAUCACGUUGGACGGGAAUUCCCUGACUCCUGAUGACCUCGUGAUGCUGGGAAAGUACGCCUAUAAGAUAAGGAUUUCUUCUGAGGCAGAAGCAAAAGUGCGGGAGGCGAGAACCUUAGUCGACACCAUCCUGGAGAAAAAUUCAGUUGUGUACGGCAUCACAACGGGAUUCGGGAAUUUCGCACGCACCGUCAUUGGAAGAGAUGACCUCAAGCAGCUGCAGAAGAAUCUCAUAAGAAGCCAUGCAGCUGGUGUCGGGCCUCCAUUGUCACCGCACAAGACGCGCAUGUUGCUCGCCCUCCGCAUCAACGUCCUCGCCAAGGGUCAUUCCGGCAUAUCCUUCGAGACGCUGCAGCGACUCGUAGCAGCAUUCAAUGCGAGCUGUCUGUCGUGGGUUCCGGAACAGGGUAGUGUGGGAGCAAGCGGCGACCUUGCUCCCUUGGCGCAUCUGGCGCUUGGACUCUUGGGAGAAGGGAAAAUGUGGAGUCCGGAAACUGGAUGGGGAGAAGCACAAUACGUAAAAACGAACAUAAACGGCACACAAUUGAUAACGGCACUGGGCGCCGAAGCCGUCGAGAGAGCAGAAUGGGUGUCGCGCCAGGCAGACGUAAUCGCAGCUUUCACUUUGGACGUCCUCAAGGGAAGUUCCAGAGCUUUCGACUCAGAUGUGCAACGUCUUCGCCCGCACGUGGGACAACGGAAAUCGGCGAGGCGGCUGCGGGCUCUCCUGCACUCCUACACUUACCCCAGCCUUUAUCAGAGCCACAGGUUUUGCAAUCGAGUUCAAGACGCGUACACGCUACGGUGCUGUCCGCAAGUGCACGGCAUUGCUCAAGACACCAUCGAAUUCGUGCGAAACAUUAUCACAACCGAAAUGAACAGCGCCACAGACAACCCGCGGAAGGAAAUCAUCUCGGCCGGAAACUUCCACGGGGAGUAUCCCGCGAAGGCUUUGGACUUCCUCGCCAUCGCAGUCCACGAGUUGGGUAGCAUGAGCGAGCGCAGAAUCGAGCGCUUGGUCAAUCCAGCCCUCAGCGAAUUACCGGGUUUCCUGACGAAAAACGGCGGCCUCAAUUCAGGAUUCAUGAUUGCCCACUGCACCGCUGCUUCUUUGGUUUCGGAAAACAAGGUAUUGUGCCAUCCAGCCAGCGUGGAUUCUUUGUCCACCAGCGCAGCUCAAGAGGACCACGUGUCGAUGGGCGCAUUCGCAGCUAGAAAAGCUCUUCAGGUGGUUCAAAACGUUGAGCACGUGGUGGGGAUCGAGUUGCUAGCAGCGUGCCAAGCCAUGGAAUUUUUGCGCCCACUGAGAACCACGGUACCUCUGGAAGAAGUUUACCGCUUAGUGCGAAGACGCAUCAGGUAA